ACGACGGGGCGUGCGCCCGCGGCGGGGCGCAGGGCGGUAAACAAGAUGGCGGUGUCGUGUCGGGCGCGGAAGGGGGAGGCGAUCCGGAGCGCCCGGGAGUGAGGUUCCGGGCCGGGAGGGCGGCGCCGGCGGCCCUCGAGGGCAGCCUUGCAUGGGCUGGAUCCCCCCUCGCCGCCGCGCCUCCUGCUUUCGCGCGGCUGCCGCGGCGAGGGGGACGCGACGCCCGGGUUCAGUCAGCCUUUGGAAGCCUGUUUUGGAGCCUGCGGCCUGCAUCGCCCCGGCUUCCCGGUGGCGGCCGACGGCCGGUGGUCCCGGGCUCGCGGCGGUGGAGAGCGCGGGGCCGGGCAUGGACGGCGCGGACGGGCCCCAGCGCGUUCGCCGCCUUGGCCGAGCUCCUGGACGAUGAUGACCUAGAGCCUCAGUGCCCGGGGACAGCCGCGACCGUCGCAGGAAGACUUCCCGUGGACUUGGCGGGGGGUGGGGGGUGGGGGUCUGUCCGUUACCUUUCUUUCUUUUUUUUUUUUUUUUAAACGUUUGGAGAAGGGAAGCCAAGGCCGGAGGCAGGCGUCGCCCGUCAGGGGGACCGAGGGGACAAGGGGUGGGAGGCGUGGAGGUCUUCCUGGCGCCGGGCCCAGGAUGGACGUGGCCGACCCGCAACCACCGAGCCUGUUCCCUGAGGGUGAGCUGAUCGCCGUGGGUAUGGACACCUUCAUCCACCGCAUCGACUCCACCGAGGUCAUCUACCAGCCGCGCCGGAAGCGCGCCAAGCUCAUCGGGAAGUACCUGAUGGGCGACCUGCUGGGCGAGGGCUCCUACGGCAAGGUGAAGGAGGUGCUCGACUCCGAGACGCUGUGCCGCAGGGCCGUCAAGAUCCUCAAGAAGAAGAAGCUUCGGCGCAUCCCCAAUGGCGAGGCCAACGUGAAAAAGGAAAUCCAGCUCCUGAGGCGGUUACGGCACAGGAAUGUCAUCCAGCUGGUGGACGUGCUGUACAAUGAAGAGAAGCAGAAGAUGUAUAUGGUUAUGGAGUACUGUGUGUGCGGCAUGCAGGAGAUGCUGGACAGUGUGCCUGAGAAGCGGUUCCCUGUGUGCCAGGCCCACGGGUACUUCUGCCAGCUCAUUGAUGGCCUAGAGUACCUGCACAGCCAGGGCAUUGUACACAAGGACAUCAAGCCAGGAAACCUGCUACUCACCACGGGUGGCACACUCAAGAUCUCAGACCUGGGUGUUGCUGAGGCCCUGCAUCCCUUUGCUGCGGAUGACACCUGCCGGACCAGCCAGGGCUCCCCUGCAUUCCAGCCACCUGAGAUUGCCAAUGGCCUGGACACUUUCUCUGGCUUCAAAGUGGACAUCUGGUCAGCUGGGGUCACACUCUACAACAUCACGACAGGCCUGUACCCAUUUGAAGGGGACAACAUUUACAAGCUGUUUGAGAACAUCGGGAAGGGGGACUACACAAUCCCAGGUGACUGUGGCCCCCCGCUCUCCGACCUGCUGAAAGGGAUGCUGGAGUAUGAGCCAGCCAAGAGGUUCUCCAUACGGCAGAUCCGGCAGCACAGCUGGUUCCGGAAGAAACACCCACUGACUGAACCACUGGUGCCCAUCCCGCCCAGCCCGGACACCAAGGACCGGUGGCGCAGCAUGACAGUGGUACCCUACCUAGAGGACCUGCAUGGCCGCACCAAUGAGGACGAGGACGAGGACCUAUUCAGCAUCGAGGAUAGUGUCAUCUAUACCCAGGACUUCAUGGUGCCCGGUGACCAGGAAGUGUCUGAGGCAGGGCUAGUGAGGAGCGAGGCACAUGGAGGAGCCAGGGCACAGCCCUCUGAGGAGAGGAAGCCGAGGAGGAGCGAGGCCUUAGUGUAGCCUACUCUGCCGUCCCUGCUGCCCACUCUACCCAGUGCCUCUGGACUGGGUCUGCCAUAAAGCUUUGUCUGCUGUUUGUCUAGGUGGUGCACUGCGGUUUCCCUCCACCAGGUCCCAGGGGCUGUUAACCACUGUAAGGGUUCCUAGGGGAAAAGGUGCCUGGGGGGUGGGAGGUCUAAGCAGGUGGUCUCAGAGUAGCGCCUGUGGCUAUAGGGGAGGGUCCCCAGAAGACUGGGGUCCAAUGAGCCCAGGUUCACCUCUCCAGCACUGCACAGCAGCACCUUUUGCCUCAUGGCCCCUGUCCUAGUUUGGAAGUUGGCCUGAGGUUGAGUAGGGCCCAGGAGGCUGUGCUGCAUCCUAUCAGGUGUGCCCCUAGAUGCCAGCUCCUUCCUGGGGGUCUUGGCCAGUCUUUCAGGGAGGUGCACAUGAGGAUACCCAUGGAAGGUCUUGGCAGGCUUCUCCCAAGUCUGCUCUUGGAGUCUACCAAGAGCAGGCAGGCCAGACCCAAUCUGAGCCCUUGUCCUGAGGAGCAGCCCUUAGUAUCCUAUCCUGGCCAGGGUGCCUGGCCAAAAUUUCCUUCUAGGCUGUGGGUCCUGCUAAGGAACUCCUUGGGUCCCUAUUCCCUCAGGCUUGCUUUGGCUUAAAGAAAGAUGAGGCUGGCAGGGAAGGGAUGAGGGAUAGGGAGAUACCACCUUCUCUAUUCUUGUGCCCAGUGCCCUGUGUUUCCCAGGAGUUGCUCCUGUGCCUGUCACUGCAUGCCCAAACCCAGAAUGGCACUUUGUGCACAAGUAGGGUGCUGUAGCAGGUUGUGCUGUGGCCCACUUGGCCUGGGCAGAUUCCACUUCAUCCACCUGAAUUUUCCUACCUGGCCUGGCAGCCCCUUCACCAUCCCAAGAGCUGGUUCCAGGCUGCAAGUCAGCAGGAUGUCAGUCCUGCUCAGCCCAGACCUGAGGACCAGGCUGGCAUCUUACUACCAAAGGGCCUGUGGCAGCUAGCUGUAUCUGUGCACACAGCAUUGGGGCAGGCAAGUUCUGGAAGCUAAGUAAGGGCAGCCCUGCCCUGCACAGGGCCCAUACUGGGCCCAGGAGCCUCAGGUGGGGGCUUCCUGGUGAUAUUUACAGGUUUAAGUACAGCUGAGUGGCCAUACUGGCUCCCAGCAGGUGGGCUGGCUGUGCCUCCAGGAGCUGCUCAAGAGGUAGGCCUCUACCCUCCAUGCCUGCCAUGCAUGUGUCUAACCAGGCAGGGUGACCACAAGUCCCUGCCACAAUGGGGACAUGGGCCUGGAUGGAGGCUCUGGGUUCCCACAGGCUGAGCUCAUUUUCAUGGGCUGUUCUGGCCCUUCAGCCUAGCUUGUUCUAUGAUGGCAGGUGGGUACAGGUAGGCCCCUGCCUGCUUUCUCUUUGAAGGAUUGAGGUCCCUGCAGGGUCCACAACAGGCAGAGGGCGCCCCGCCUCCCACCCCAGGUGGCAGGUACAGCCCAGGCAUAGGGCGAUACUGUUCUGGCUCAGGCCGCACUCGCCGUCUUCC